AGCUGAUCUGUGCAGCUGUACUUAAAGCUGCGCACUCUGCUCCACUCCGCACUUUGCAAACACAUCCAGCCUCCUCCUCCACCUCCACCUCCUCCUCGUAUGAAGAUGUUUCUGUCCUCUGUGAUGAAGUCUCCGAAGCCGCUGGUGCAUCUUUUCAUCCAAACCCUGCGGUGCAUGUUGGUGAGCCUGUUCUCUGCACUUGUGUACUGGACUGCCGGAGCCUGCAAGGAUGCGUCUGCUUCACCUUCUGACGCAAAAGCGCACGCAAAUAAAGUCCAGAACGUGACGACUCCGACCAGUGUCAACUACCACUUCACACGCAAGUGUAACUACAAGUGUGGGUUUUGUUUCCACACUGCAAAAACAUCCUUCGUCCUGCCUUUAGAAGAAGCCAAGAGGGGCCUCAGACUCCUGAUGGAAGCAGGCAUGGAAAAGAUCAACUUUUCUGGCGGAGAGCCUUUCUUACACGAUAAGGGAGAAUUUCUGGGGAAAUUGGUGCAGUUCUGUAAAGAAGACCUGCAGCUCCCAAGUGUCAGCAUCGUCAGCAAUGGAAGCAUGAUCAAAGAAAAGUGGUUUCAGAAAUAUGGUGAUUUUCUGGACAUCUUGGCCAUCUCUUGUGACAGUUUUGAUGAAGAAACCAACCAGCUGAUCGGCAGAACUCAAGGCAGGAAGAGCCACCUGGACAACCUGUACAAGAUCCGUAACUGGUGCCAGGACUAUAAGGUGGCGUUCAAGAUCAACUCGGUCAUCAACACCUUCAACAUCGACGAGGACAUGACGGAGCACAUCAACCAGCUGAACCCUGUCCGCUGGAAGGUGUUCCAGUGUUUGCUGAUCGAUGGGGAAAACGCAGGAGAAGAAGCACUGAGAGAGGCCGAGAGGUUCGUCAUCAGCGACCAGCAGUUUGAGGAGUUUCUGGACAGACACAGCGGUGUGUCCUGUCUGGUUCCUGAGUCCAAUGAAAAGAUGAGGAAUUCCUACCUGAUUUUGGAUGAAUAUAUGCGAUUCCUUGACUGUCGUGAAGGAAGGAAGGACCCGUCCAAGUCCAUCCUUGACGUUGGUGUCCAACAGGCCAUUCUUUUCAGUGGCUUUGAUGAGAAAAUGUUUCUAAUGAGAGGAGGGAAAUAUACGUGGAGUAAAGCUGACAUGAAACUGGACUGGUGAAGCUCUGAGUGACUUUAGUGGUGAUUUGUAUAUUUGGAAUAUUUGCUGUGUUUGUAAAUUUGUUAAUACUUAUUGUAGAUGAAGAUUAUAUUUUGGCCUUGAAAUGCUGUAUGUUUUUUUUUUUUUUUUUGUAAUCCAUUUUGUGUUUGAGAGGCCUGUUUGUAGGAAAUUUUCCAUGUGUUUUUCUUUUGUGUGGUUCACUUCCUUUUGCCUCCUGUGUAUUUUACAUUGUUGACAAAAAAAAAAGCUGUUCCAUUUAGAAGCAGUAUUAUAUUUUUGCACUGCAGACACAAGUUUAUGACCAAAAAAAGCAAUAAUAAACUGAUUUGCAUAGUAUUUGUAUAUGUCUGUAUUUGUGUGUUACAUUUGCAAAACAAGUCUAAAGGUCAAUACCAUAAAAAUGUCCCUAAAUGAGCAUAAUAUUAGAUAAAAAUCAGUAUUUUAGAAGUUUACAGUAUAAUAAGUGUUCAAAACAGCACUGCAAAAAAAGAUAAAAACACUAAAUCUGAGGAAAAAGGUUCUCAAAACAAGUGAAAUAUCUGUCCAUGCAGCAAGAUAAUUCACUUGACAAGAUUUUUGAAUUAAGAAAUAAGCCUGUUUAUAGAUGUAUGAACACUUCAAAUUAGAAAUGAUCUCUUAAAACAAGAUAAAUUAUCUAACACUUCUGAAUCUUUUUUUUUUUUUUUAACUUGGUAAGAACAAAACAAUACUGACACUUGUUUUGUUUUUUUUUGUCUGAGACGCCUCUUUGUAGUACAUUUUUCAUGCGUGUUUCAUUGUUGAAUGAAGAAAAAGCUGUUCCAUUUAGAAGCAGCAUUAUAUUUUUGCACUUCAGACACAAGUUUAUGUUAAAAAAAAAAAAAGAAAGAAAAAAAAAAAGCUAAUAA